AUUUGGAGUUAAUAUCUCUUUUUAUAUUACAAACAAAUCCAUUGAAGUGUGAUAUCAUUAGAAAUGUUUGCCAAUCGUAUAGCUGUGGUGACCGGCGGUGGUUCGGGUAUCGGUAGAGCUGUGGCCAGUAUUCUGGCCAAAGAGAGCGCAUCACUAGUGGUGGCCGACCAGAACAUCAGUGGUGCCAAACAGACCAUUGAGUUGAUCGAGAAAAAUACCAAAACUGGAGGAAAGCAUAUCCCCUUUGAAGUGGAUGUCUCACAAUUGGAUUCAUUGCAACGACUAUUUAAAUCAGUGACCGAUAACUACGACAAUAAAGUGGCCACUCUUCUGGUCAACUGCGCCGGCAUUACCAGAGAUAAGCUUAUUGUAGAAAUGACUGAACAAGACUUUGAUAAAGUUCUUGAUGUUAAUCUGAAGGGAACUUUUAUGGCAACUCAGCUCUUUUGCCAACAAAUGAUUGAGAAGAAGCUAACGGACGGUUCAAUAGUGAACGUGUCGAGUGUGAGCGCACGGAUUGGAAACAUCGGUCAAUGCAAUUACAAUGCGUCCAAAGCCGGCGUCGAGGCCUUCACUAGAACUGUGGCCCGAGAGAUGGCUAAACACCAGAUCCGUUGCAAUGCAGUUAUGCCCGGAUUUAUCGACACUCCUAUCGUCGAAACGGUUCCCCAAAAAAUUUUGGAUCAACUCGUCGCUCAAAUUCCCCUCAGAAGACAGGGAAAGCCCGAAGAAGUUGGCGAAGCCAUCGCUUUUCUGUUGUCACCAAAGAGCUCUUACAUCACGGGAACAGUUAUACAAGUGUCGGGAGGGCUCGCCCUUUGAAACUCAUGCAAUACUCGAAUAUAUUUUUAUACACAAUUAUGUUAUAAAUUAUUUUGUUUAUCAAUUAUAAGCAAAACUCUCAAAUGUUGGCCAAAAUAAUAGAUUUGAAUGGAUAUACGAUUAGUUAAAAAUAGUUUCAUGUUUUAUUUUCUAUGAAAUGUUUUUGCCGUAUAAUACAUGUGAAAAAUAAAGUGAUUCUGAAGUAAAACUCGUUUAUAAAAUAAGA